AUGAAAAAAAUAACUGAAUGGCAAAAAUUAAAAUUAAUGCCUAUUCGGAAGAAGACAGAAUUAGCUUAUAUGUAUUUUAUUCCCAAACCACAUAAGAAAGGCACACCACUUCGACCAAUUUUAAAUACAAUUCAUGCUGCAACAAAGCAAAUUUCACAAUUUUUAGAUAAAUCAAUUCGACCAUUAUUCGAUCGAUUUGUACGUCAAACAAUGUUUGUGGAUGGUGCUGAUCUUCUUGAUCGACUUCAAAAAUAUAUUCAAAAAGGUUAUUUUAAUGCAUCGACUCUUUUCAUUACAUUCGAUAUUACAAAU